GACCUCGCCUUUGGUGAGGUUAAGUAUUUUUGUUAUUUAUUACGGCAGUUGUCAAUAUGGCUUUGAGAAUUAUUUGUUUGGUGUCGAUGUUAGUGGGCGCACAAAGCUCAGUGGACCUUCGGGGACGACAUAUUGCGUUCAAACAUAAUGGAACCAUUAGCCAGCAGCAAGACGCAUCGAUUGCCCCAGACAAAUAUAUAGCAGGCGGCCACCCAGCAGCGAUAGGCCAAUUCCCGAGUAUAGCCCGGCUGUCCAUCAAAACUACCAGAGGCACCUACCUAUGUGCCGGCUCUCUUAUUGGUGAGCGCCACGUCCUCACGGCCGCGCACUGUCUAGACCACGACAUCAAAUACCACCAAGACAUCUCCAUAUACCUAGGAGAGUACGACCGCAAGAGUUACCCAGUGGACUGUGUGAAGCAGAAAUGCGUGAAAAACAGACUGGUGUACCCGGACAAGGUGGUGAAGCACCCUGACUAUGACAGCACGACCGUGGCCAACGACAUUGCUCUGAUGAGACUUCAGAAACGAGCACCGCUCACGGCCUACAUCAAGCCGAUACCUCUCCCACCGUUUGACGUCGACCACCCCAUAAACAAAGGAGCGGCCCUCGCCAUCGUCGGCUGGGGCGAAACCGAGUCUGCCUACUCUUCUGACAUUCUGCAAGCCACCGAACUCAACCUCAUACCUAGAGCAAACUGCUUGAAAUACGGGUCUGAUGUACCACCCAAACAUCUGUGUGCGGGCGACGUGAAGGGCAAAGAUACAUGCCCCGGAGACUCUGGAGGCCCACUCUACAUGUAUUAUCAAGAUAAAUAUUACCUGUCGGGCAUCGUCAGUUAUGGACCCGCUUUGAUGAAGUGCGGGACCGCUGAAGUUGGGUACUAUACUAAUGUCUACAAAUAUAUCAAGUGGAUUAAGGAAAAUAUGAAGUAAUUUAGUCAUUACUGGUGCUUACUUCUAGUGCAUCCACCAAAAUAACUGACUGAUAAGUAUUAUGUGUACCUCACUAAUUUUUGGCUUUAUUCGUCGUAAUAAAUAAUAAUAAAAUGA